AUGGCGGCGCAGGUUCCGAGGAAUUUCAAACUCCUUGCCGAGUUGGAGAAGGGCGAGAAGGGCAUGGGCGCAGGGGCCUGCUCGUACGGCUUGGAAGAUCCCGAAGACAUCUACAUGACACACUGGCGCGGGACUAUUUGGGGCCCUCCUCACGGUCAACACGAGAACCGCAUCUACGAACUCAAGAUGGAGUGCGGUCCUAAUUACCCCCGGGAGCCGCCUGAGAUCCAUUUCGUCAGCCAGAUCAAUCUUCCCGGCGUGAACCCGACGGACGGCAAGGUGGACAAGAACGCGGUCGGCAUCCUACGGGACUGGACGAGGAUUGCUGCCGAGCUUGCCAAGAACGCCCGGCCGAAGGAGGACCCUCUCAGCCUUGAGUCAGCGCUGAUUUCGAUACGGAAGUAG